AUUAGCCGGCUUAAUCCAAUAAAGGAGACGGCUUCUGAUAUUAAGAUGGUUGGAGACCCCUUAGGCUCUAUAGGACACAUGGUUCUUUCUACUGCGUUGGAACUGGACCUGCCUCUGACACCCCCUACCCAGACUGGUUUAACCCUGCUCUGGCUGUCUGGCACUCAGCUCCCUCUGGAACAACUGUCCCUGCUCCACAGACCAUCUUUAGUCUCACAGAGAGAUCAGCAGGAGAUGGAGCUGUAUGUCUGGAAAGCAGAGAAGCACCUCAACUGUGUACUGGGCUUUCUGUUGACUGAACCACAAACACACAAUCCAGCUGUGGAGUUCUACCCUGUGUCCAAUGCCCUGAAGGAGCUGAAUAAGGAGAUUUUGGUCUGCGUUCAUGCCAGCAGUGAUGCUAUCCUACAGUCACAAAUGCUGUGGGUGAAAGGAGUACCUGGGUUGUGUUUUAGCUGCUGUGAGUUUACAGAGAACCUGACCUCUGGAUCUUCCAGCACCAAGGAGCCUACCAUGGAGGACUUCACAGCACUGUCUCCUGAACACAUUGAAAAUAUUCUGACAGCACAGGAAAAGGAUAGUGUGCACGAAGUGUCAAUCAAAGGGGUGAAAUCCAUCUUGAAGAAAGGAGUUCCAUCAGAUCAACCAGCAAUACCUAUGAACUUUGAUACGUCCACAUGUGCUGUCAGAAAAAAUAAAGUCAAUGUUGUAAGCCAAGUUCAUCAGAGCUUCAUGGUCCUAACUAAUGAAAAACAAAUAGAAACCUCUGCGCUGCUGCCAGCAGUUAGUGUUUCCAAUUCAACGGCCAAAGAGACAUUUUUAGCAUGUGAAACCACAUUCCUGGAUCUGAAGGACACUUCCAGCCAUGUAACCAGACCUGCCAGCCGUAACCAGAGCCAACCCAGUUUCUGCACUUCCUUUGGUGCUGAACGUGCCAAAUCCGCCCAUCUUUUGUUGAGAAAGAAUAAGAGGAGUCUCCUGGCAGAGAAAGAUCCAGACCCUCUGUCCACCUUUAUGAUGCUCCGGUCCCAGCAGACAUCCCCUGACCCUGUAUUACCCCAGCCAUGCCCCGGAUACACAGAAGGACCAAGAGUGCAGCAGCCAACUCCAGCAAAACCUCAGUCACACCAUAUCCUGGGACCCCACGGCUGGCCCAUGAUAAAGAGCUGCUGUUCAACCAGACGGCCCUGAUCCAUGUUCUGGUGACCUUCAAAGACAUGAUGCUUCAGUGUGACCUCAUCACA